CAUAAUGCUUCACAAACGUCCCAAACGAAUUAAAGAUGGCGGAAAGCGGGCCAAAUGUCGAUAAACAGAGUGAAGGGAGUUCAGUGAGUGAUACAAUCAACAAACAGGGCUGGCUAUCAAAACGUAGUCGCCUCUCCAAACGCUGGGAUAAACGUUGGUGCUGUCUUAAGAAAAGUGAUUUGUCUUACGGCACAACGGCUGAGGACCAACAUAAAGUAGUUUCCCUAGAGGGAUGUGAAAUGUCUGAUUGCAGCAUUGACAAAAAACAGUUUGCAUUCAGGAUAAAACCAAGAGGGGCAAAACGUGUCUACUUCUUUUGUGCGGAGAGUGAGCAAGACCAGCAGGAAUGGAUGCAAGCUAUAUGCUUUGCAAAGGCCUCCGGAAAUAUGACCGAUGGUUCCCAAGCUUGUACAAUACAGUAAGAGGAAUUAGCUGUAAACAUUUCAAAAGAAUUAGGUGUCAGCUGAAAGAAAGAAAUCAAGUGAGACUUGAUGAUGUAUUGUGUACAGAGUAUGCUGAACAUUCAUCGUUUGAUUGCAGCUUCAAAUAUCCAGUGAGAAUCUGGGACUGUGUUGUUCAUAUUCAACAAAAGACAAUAUGGAUUAUUUAUCAGCUUUUUAUUCACUAAUAAGUAAACCCAGUUUCAGGUUACACCCACUUUCAGUGUUACAGGUAGGUGCAUAGGCAACAUCUUUCUACUAUCUUUUGACAUGCCAUUUUUCGACAUGCUAUGUAAACAACUGAAAGACCAUGUAACUGUGAAACUGGCAAUUUUUCCAGUUACUAGUGGAAGAAAUGAUGAGUAAAUGAUAAUUACUGACCUCAAAUGGCUGAAGAAAAUUGUGGACUUCGCAUGUUUCUCGAUUUACAGGAUAAUUCAAACGAUUUUAGUGUAGUCUAUUGGCUCUCAACAGUGGUAGAAUUGGGCCACUGCUGCUUUUAAUAUUCGCAAGGUGUAAAUAUUCAAAACAGCGGAUUCAUUUCUCCUGGAAUGACUUGUCGAUACUCCUAACCUUAGCUUGAUGUCAAAUAAAUCCAGCUUUCAUCACUGACAUUCAAGUUUGACUUCACAGUAAAGAAGUCCGCUGUGCAUACAUUUUUGAUGUAAGCCAGGUUACCUAGCAUGUCAAUAGGUGUCACCUAUACAUGUAACACUCAAAGCAGGUGUUAAGUAUUUUUCGCAUGUCUGAAUUCAAGGCAAUGUUAGCAGUCAGAGAAAAAAUCUCUUAUCAACCAGCAUACUACAGUAAAGGUUAAGACUCUAAUCUCGUCUGCAUAUGAGCCAGUGCAUCAGGCUCAGUGCUCAUGUGAGCUGACAGUUGACUGACAGUCAAACAACAUGCGGUGCAUCAGCCACUGUUUUUAUGCGCAACAUGUAAGAUACAUUGGCUUUGCAUUGCAUUGACAAGGUGCAUCAGCAUUUGCCAAUGCAGUGGUAGAAUCAGAUUCACUAGAUCCCCUUAACUUCAUCCUGCUCUGGUAUUAAAUUACGUUAAUCAGGAUUGACUCCCUGUUAUGCCUCUGAGUUUUCCUGAGUGACUAGUCUUUACAACUGCACACAUUGAUUUUUCAAUGACAAGUGCAAAGAUCACUUUUAGUUGAUGUGUUUUUUCCAGACCUCUAUAUUCCAGAUACAUGUAAUUUAUGUUACUAACAUCCGAGGAGCCAAAAUUUGUAGUGUGUAUGUGUUUGCACAAAAACAGCCUUGCAGAGAGUUCAUAUCCUCCAUUUACAACCUGGCAGCCAGAGUUGAUGUGACAACCUAGCUCUAUGUUUAAUGCAUUGACAGCACUGGUUUAAGAUCAAAAUGAAUUUAAAUAGCAACUACAGUGUUAGCAAAGAUUGAUAAGAAGGAUUUGCAAUUGACAUAUGACUUUAGACUGCACAUUUCAUUUGUACCAUUUAUAUUAAGAAAGUAAGUUAAUUACAUAAUGUAUGCUUGGUCACUAAGUGAUCAAAUUUAGAUAUAUUUUAUCAAAAGCGUAACAUUAAAUGUUCACCAUUUUCGAUCUAUUUACAGUGUUAUUUUAGCCAUUUCAUUAAAUGCUGCAUGCUUUUAUUUAUUUCACCAUGUUUUUGAUGCCAUCUCUGUUUACAUGCAGGAAGAAAAAGUUUUGUAAAGAAUUAAGAUAUAAACUAAGAUGAACACAUAUUACAUAAAUAAGUAUAAUAAAGAUAUGUAACUAUCUUGAUCGCAGGUUAGUAAUUAUUGUUAAUAAACAAUUAUUGUUUUUAUU